AAUGUACAGCAACUUAAGCGACUAUUUAAAUUUUUCCCGACCGAAAACCGUUGUUUUGAACUUUUCUGCAACAAAACACAACAAUAUGGCGUCAGAGGAAGAAUCUGAUAUUGAGUUACAAUCAAAAUUACCGAAAGUAAACAAUAAGAAAAUGCCGAAAAGUCCUUCCGAAGAAUUACUUCAAAAAAAGCAAGAAAAGAAAUUAUCAACGAAGGAAAUGAUUAAUCAAGCUCUUAUUGAUCUUAAUUCACGUAAAGGUGUAUCGUUGUAUGCCAUCAAAAAGUAUAUAACUGAGAAAUAUAGCGUUGAUACUGACAAACUAAACUAUUUUAUCAAGAAAUAUAUAAAAACUGCUGUCGAGAAUGGAAGCAUCGUACAAACGAAAGGAAUCGGCGCCUCCGGAUCUUUCAAACUAGUCCCAAUCAAGAAAAAACCAAAAACAGACAAGAAACCAAAAGACAAAUCCAAAGAAAAACCGACAAAAGAAAAAGAUUCGGACAAAAUGAAGAAAAUUAAAGAAAAAACGAAAAAGAUUGUUGAAAACGGGGCAAAGAAGAUGACUAGUUCGAAGGUAGACAAAGAAAAAGUGAUAAAACCGAAGAAAGUAAUGGAGAAAGAAAAGAAAAUAAAACCAAAGGCAAAAGAUGGAGUUGAGAAAGAAGUUAAAGUGAAAAAAGUAAAAAAGACAAAAGAAAAACAGACUCCAGUUAAGAAAAAGAGCUUGAUGAAGAGAAAAAGCGUUGGAUCCAUAAUAAAAAAACCCAAAAUGAAACCAGCUAUGAAAGCUUGAAGAUAUUCAAUUAAAAUGACAUUUUAUUUGUUGAUUAUUUAAACUAAAUUAUUAUUAAUGUUUUUAAAAUAUAAGUAUUUGAUUUUUAUAAUCUGUGUUACUGAUUUUCCUGUGUUUAACUUAACAUGAAAAAUAUAGAUGUCAAAAAUCCGACCACAAACACGACUCGAGAAUUUAAAUG